AUAACAUUAACAGUGUACUCAGAACCAUGUAACCUUAAAUUCUAGUACAUAUUUGUACACUUAUUUAAUUCAUGCAGGAAACGGGUAUGAUUUUUGAUUUUGAAUUGAUUCAGGUCAGCGAGGUGAAAAAUUCAAAUGCCAUGGAGAAGGAAGGACUGAUCAGAACCAUUAAUAGGUUGAUAGACUUUGGCUGCGUAAUCGACACUAUUGCCACAGACAGGCACGUCCAAAUUAAAUGCCUGAUGCGUGACACAUACGAAGACAUUAAGCAUCAGUAUGAUGUGUGGCACGUGGCCAAAAGCAUAAGGAAAAAGCUAGCAGAAAAGGGUAGGACAAAGGCUACAGCUGAGCUCAUAGGAUGGAUACAGUGUAUAUCCAAUCAUUUGUGGAACUGUUCACAGCAUUGUGAAGGAAGUGCCAGCAUUUUGAAAGAAAGAUGGUUGUCACUUCUUCACCACAUAACUGGGGAGCAUGAGUGGAAAGAGGGAGAAGAGACGAAAACAUGUGGGCAUGCUGCCUACUCGCCAGAACAAAAUGAGCGCAAGAAAUGGAUAAAUCCAACAUCAAAAGCAUACAGAGAACUUGAAAGUGUAGUGCUGGAUAAGGGCAUUUUGGACUCUUUGUCUGGCUUGACAGACUUCUGUCACACAGGGAACAUUGAAUCAUACCAUUCAAUGAUGCUGCAAUAUUGUCCUAAACGCUUACACUUCCCAUAUAAAAGCAUGCUCGCUCGAACACAGCUUGCAGCAAUAGACCACAAUUCGCAUAUUGGCAGAGGGCAAAUGGUUGCGUCUAAAGGGCCAAACAAAGGUUCGUUAAUGUACUCUCAAGCGUAUUCUAAGAUGUGUAAGAGCUGGUCUGUCCGCCCAGUUUUUGAGAAGAAAACUUACUCAUUUGUUUCUGUGCUAAUGGACAGAGUUGUAAAAUGUAAGCGUGAUGGACUGUCUCUACCUCCCUGCGCUGUACCAACAUUGCCUGCAAAUAUAGCGCCGAUUCCAAAGCCACAGAAAAGCCAGGCUAUCUUACGACACAGCAGCCGAUUCUAAUUUCAGAUGAUACAGUAAAUGUUUACUGUGCAUGUUGUUCCUGCUAAGACUUUAUACUGAGCAAUGUUUUAAUUGCAAAUAAUCACAUACUAACCACUGAACUUAUGGUACAUGAUUUUCUGUAUUUAAUGAUCCAUAAUAUAUGUAUCUGCAUUUUUAUAAAUGAAUAUGAUAUUUUAAUUUUAACCGUGCUUGCUGUACACAUCGUGGUAUUUGCUGAGCAAAGUUUCAUUUGUAAAAAUUUAUCCGAUAUCCAACUUGUUGUACACAAAUUUUUAUUAAAUGGCGCAUAACAUGCAAUUUUUAAUUUUUUUUUAAACUCAAUAUUCAUAAUUCAAUGUUAACUGUGCUUGCUGCACACACCAUAGAAUUUGCUGAGCAAUGUUUCAUUUGUAAAUAUUUAUCCGACAUCCAACUCAGUGUUGUACACAUUUAUUUUUUAAAUUGCUCAUAACAUGCAAUUUUUAUUUUUUUAUAUGAAUAUUCAUAAUUGAAUAUUAACUGUGCUUGCUGCACACACCAUAGCAUUUGCUGAGCAAGGUUUCAUUUGUAAAUAACCAUCCGACAUCCAACUUAUGCCUGUUGUACACAUUUUUUUAAGUGGCUCAUAACAUGCAAAUUUUUAUUUUAAUAUGUAUUCAUAAUUGAAUGUUAACUGUGCAUGCUGUACACACCAUGGCAUUUGCUGAGCGUUUUUUUUUUUUUUUUUUGUAAAUAUCUAUCAAACUGCUUAUUGUACAUAUUUGAAUAUGCCAAACCAUGUUGUAUUUGUAAAUAUAUUAUGCUUAAAACAAAAUUUUACAUUUAUUGCUUCGGAAAUUAAUGCUGAAAACUGGAGCACUGCUUAAAUUUUAAAUGCGAGAUAUGCUUAGAAGGGGUAAUUGCUUCCUCCUCAGUAAAUAAUUACAAACUGUUGGCAUAACCAUAGUGAAGUAUUGUAUAAUAUAAAAUCUACUUUUUCAUUAUCAAAAUAUGACUUGUACAGUAUUCAGAUUGCCCCUACUGUAAGUAUCCGAAAGUUCAAAUGAUCACCCUUAGACAAUCUGGCUCAGUAAUUCGUGUCAUCUUUCUAUGCAGAUAUUUAUAAAGGAACGUUGCCAAAUGCAAUGUAGGUUUGUGGAAUAAAACUAUAAAUUUUAUGUUUAUACUUUC